UGCUCGUAGUGUCCAGACUUAAUCAACGUUGUUUAGAUAAGGCCGGUGGUUGAGUCAUUUCUUCUUUUGAUUUUGACUCUCUCUCUCUCCUCUCUCUUUCUCUCAGCUUUCAGAUAUUUUUGACGAAUAUUUGCUGCUUUGGCAUUUGUAGAUUCAUCUGAAACUGGUAGUAGAUGGGAUCUGAGGGUCCUCCAGCUGUAACAGUCUAUGUUACUGGUUUUAAAAAAUUUCAUGGAGUAGCAGAAAAUCCAACAGAAACGAUUGUAAGUAAUCUUCAAGAUUAUGUGAAGAAAAAGGGCACACCCAAAGGGCUCAUCCUUGGGAGUUGCACUGUUCUUGAUACUGCAGGCCAGGGAGCAGUCGGUCCUUUAUACCAGACAUUGCAAUCUGCUCUGAACAAUGAUGGGUCUGACUCAUCGAAUUCCAGAAUUAUUUGGGUACACUUUGGAGUUAAUAGUGGUGCUACAAGGUUUGCUAUAGAGCAACAAGCAGUCAAUGAGGCUACCUUCCGCUGUCCAGAUGAAAUGGGAUGGAAGCCACAGAAAGUUCCCAUAGUUCCUGCUGAUGGUCCAAUUUCACGAACACGAAAGACUUGUCUUCCGGUUGAGGAGAUCACCAAAGCAUUAGCAAAGAUGGGCUACGAAGUGAUGAGCUCCGAUGAUGCAGGCCGGUUUGUUUGCAAUUACGUUUACUAUCAUUCCUUGCGGUUUGCAGAGCAGAAUGGAAUAAAGUCGCUAUUUGUACAUGUCCCUCUCUUCUUAACUAUAGAUGAGGAGACCCAAAUGCAAUUUGCUGCUUCUUUGUUAGAGGUACUUGCCUCUGUAUACUAGUCUCCUACGUGCUUGUCUGUCCUCUAAAAUCCUAGCCUGUAUGCGCAUUUUCUGUUCUUUUGGGUGUUUAUGUGAGUCGAUGAGGAACACUAUGUAUUGCUUUAAUAAAUGGUCUCAAAUGAAUGGAAACUGCAUUUGUAGUGCACAUGUCGAUGUAACACGUGGUUUCCGGGAUGUUUUCUAAAUCCUAGUAAUGGUUUAUAUAUUCGAAAGUUGUAUUACUCUAGUUUGUA